AUGCCGAUCCCUUCGUGCCCUUCUCAGCCUCCGGAAGCAUCCUCCGUGGUGGUGCUGGAUUGGGGGAUUUAUGUAAUUGGUGGAUUGAUAAAGGGGAAGCCCACUUCGAAAGUCAUGCUCUUGGAUUGUCGGACUCACACUUGGCGUCAAGUCCCUUCCAUGAGAGUGACUCGAGCUUCCGCGGCUGCUGGAGUCGUGGACGGGAAGAUUUACGUGUUAGGAGGUUGCAAGUUCGAUGAGAAGAACUGGGGAGAGGUAUUCGAUCCAAAGACUCAAACUUGGGAUAAUUUGCCGCCAAUGCCGGAUACGAAGAAACGAGAUCAGUAUAUCCACGACAGUGUGGUGAGGGAUCAAAAGGUUUACGCAGUUGAUGGAACAGAUAGAACCUUGUACUACUCUCCGAGCCUAGGUCAAUGGGGAAGAGGGAAUCGUGGGGAAGUGAAAGGAAACAGAAGGGAUUGGUGUAUGAUUGAUAAUUUGAUCUUCUUUCUUACUAGACACGGGACUGUAAUCUGGUGUGAGCCAGAUGAGUUGGAUUGGCAUGAAACGGAAGGGAUGGUUUCAAAAGAGGUGAAAGGUUUAGGCUUUCUGAAGAAGAGUCUCUCUUGUUCUAGGCUGGUCCACUUUGGUGAGCAGAUUGUGAAUCUGUGGGAAAAAUAUAAGAUCCCUCAAAAGCUGAUAGAUUUACUUCCUGGGGCUAGACUGAACAACUCUGGUGGGAACAUUGUGCUCUUUUGGGACGUCAUUGAAGGGGAUCAUCUUGAGAUUUGGUGUGCAGAGAUCUCCUUGGAGAGACGCCAAGGAAGUGAGAUUUGGGGUAACAUUGAGUGGUCCAAUGCUGUCAUGACCGUUGAUCCUUUCUUAGAUCGCUCUAAGGUUUUGUAUUCUGCUUCUGUUACUCUUUGA